AUGGCUGAUGCACUCAUUCCCGUGCUGCUACGACAAUUAGCUGAAAUAACUUAUCAACAAAUAGAAAAAGAGGUGAGAUUGGUUCUCGAUGUUAAGAAAGAAGUUGCAAAAAUCACCAGCAAUCUCAAAGCUAUUCAAGCAGUGCUUGAGGAUGCGGAGAAGAGGCAAGUGAAGGAAGCCACCGUGAGAGAUUGGUUGGAGAAGCUGAAAGAUGUUUCAUACGAGAUGGACGACGUGCUGGAUGAGUGGAACACUGAAUUUCUAAGACAACAAGUUGAGAAACAAGAAGAAGAAGAAGAAGGUAAAGAUGCUCUUGUUGCCAAGAAGAAGGUAUGCUUCUCCAUUCCCUGUCAUUGCUUUUGUUUUAACCAAGUCAGUCGGGUAAUUCUCCGUCGUGACAUUGCUCUUAAGAUAAAAGACCUGAAUGAUAGGUUGAAUGAGAUUGCUAUAGAAAGGCAAACAUAUAACUUUCAGACCACAGAAAAGGGCAUUGAACAUCGACCAGAAAGGAUGGGAGGAAUUGGAAAGACAACUCUUGCCCAACUGGUUUAUAAUGAUGAAAGUAUUAAAGCUCAUUUUGAAAAAAGAAUAUGGGUCUGUGUUUCAGAGCCUUUUGAUACUUUCAAGAUUGCAAAAGCUAUCAUUGAUGGUAAUGGUACCCCAAACUCAGAUGGGUUGGAAGCUUUCUUGCAAUGUGUGUCUAAAUCCGUUGAGGGUAAGAAGUUUCUCCUUGUCCUAGAUGACAUGUGGACCCAAGAUCAUAGAGAGUGGGAACAAUUAAAGUUACCUUUGCAGAAUGGGUCUACAGGUAGUAAAAUAUUGGUGACCAAGCGAAAAGAGGGGGUUGCUAUAAUGAUGGGAGCAGAGAGUGACAUGAUCCGUUUGAACGAAUUGAGUGAAACAUAUUGUUGGUCAUUAUUCCAUCACAUUGCAUGUUUUGAUAGGCGAGAAGAAGAGUCUAAUGUGUUUGAAGCUAUUGGUAAAGAAAUUGUAAAAAAGUGUAAGGGUUUACCCCUUGCGGCAAAGACUCUAAGUAGUCUCAUGCGCUUUAAGAAAACAAGAGAAGAAUGGGAAGAUGUUUUGCAUAGCAAGAUAUGGGAACUAAAAGAGAUUGAACAAGAAGUUUUUCAACCGUUAUUACUAAGUUAUUAUGAUUUGGCCUUGGCAAUUAGAAAUUGUCUUUUGUAUUGUGUUAUUUUUCCAAAAGGUUAUGUGUUCACAAAAAAACAUUUGAUUGAGUUGUGGAUGGCACAAGAUUAUCUUAAUUUGGAAGGAGACAAAAACAAAGAAAUUGUUGGUCAAAAUUAUUUCAAUAACUUGGUAAUGCGGUCUUUUUUUCAAGAUUUUGCUGGAGAUGAUUUCGGGAAUGUUAGAUACAAAAUGCAUGAUAUUGUGCAUGACUUUGUGCAGUUUCUUACCAAGAAAGAAGCUUUUGUUAUAGAAGUUAAGGAUGCUAACAAAAGAAUUGAGCUACGAGGUUAUAAAGUCCGCCAUUUGACAUUAAUUGCACUCGAGGAUCCAUAUGGAUCUCGCACUUCAUUAUUAGCUCCAGUUUCAUCUGAAAUUUGCAAAAGCAUGCGUACCCUUGCAACUUUUGGUUCAAGAAUCAGUACUUUAGACCCAGAUUUUAUUUUGCAAUUGAAAGCCCUUAGGACAUUAAAUUUGAGUGAAAAUGACAUCGAGGAACUUCCGAAGGAGAUUGGUGAAUUGAUACAAUUGAGGUAUGUUGAUUUGUCUCGUAAUUAUCCUUUGGUGGAAUUACCGAACACUAAGUGCAAUUUAUACAAUCUGCAAACCUUGUGCCUGGAUUAUUGCCGGCAACUUGCAACACUGCCCAAGGCCAUGGGGAAACUGAUUAAACUAAAGCAUCGCCAUGUUAUGUGCUGUGAUGGGCUAAAGUACUUGCCAAAAGGGAUUGGGAGAUUAACAAGUCUACGAGCACUAGACCAGUUUCCUGUAUGUGGUGGUGAUGACGAGAAUGACACGUUCAAGUUAGGUGAUCUAAGACUGCUGGACAAGCUUGAGGGCAGCCUUUUUAUAAGCGAGCUUGGGAACCUGACAGAUGCAAGUGAGGUUAAGAAAGCACGACUGUGGAAUAAAAAACACAUCCUUCAUUUGAGACUGGAUUUUUCGAAUGGAGAUAAUGCGGAGGGGGAUAGGAAAAGUGAUGUUGAAAUUCUGAAUGUCUUAGAAGGACCUCAGAAUUUGAAAAGUUUAGACAUUGGUUUCAGAAAUCAGCUCAAGAUUUCUAACAUCCCAAAUAUCAGUAUUAAUUAUGAGAGUAUUCGAGAAGAAGGGGUUUGGAUCCAAGGAUAUGAUGAAACCGACACAUCUGAUUUUGAUGAGGGGGAUGAUGAGAUUGUGCAAGAAUAG